AUGAAGACCUUCGGCCGAGAAACCACGGGCGUCGAAGUCGUCAACGAGCUCAAAGACCAAGUUGAGGGAAGGACAAUCGUCGUCACAGGCGCAAGUGAGAAAGGACUAGGAGGAGAAACAGCGGUGGCCCUCGCGCACGCGAACCCAGCACAUCUCAUUCUCCUAGCUCGUUCUCAAUCUCGCGUUGAGUCCAUCAUGUCUCGAAUCAAAGAACUCAACCCGGCCGUCAAAGUGACGUUCGUUCCCAUCUCUCUGGAUGAUCUCGACUCAGUCCGCGCCGCAGCAAGCACCAUCAACGCCGCCAUCGAAAAGCUAGACAUCCUCAUCAACAACGCCGGCAUCAUGGCCAUCGAAACCUACCAGACCAGCAAGCAAGGAAUCGAGAUCCAAUUCGCCACCAACCACGUCGGCCACUUUCUGUUCACCAAGCUACUGUGGCCCAAGAUCAAGGCUGCCGGCCCAGGAUCUCGUAUCAUCAACCUGACCAGUCUCGGCCACAAGAUCGGCCCCGUCCGCUUUGAUGACUACAACUUCUCGGACGGUCAGGAAUACGAUCCGUGGUCCGCCUAUGGACAGUCAAAGACCGCCAAUGUGCUCUUCUCGCUCGCUCUUGCCCAGAAACUCCGCCCCCUCGGCAUGCAAAGCUACGCCGUCCACCCCGGCGGCAUCUUCGGAACAUCUCUGGCCGAUCACAUUAAGGACGUUGUCGCCGCGCUGGCCAGCAUCGAGCCAAUCGCCCAGAGAAACACAGGGCGUCAUUUCCCUCUGGAUGCCGACCCACCCAAGAGCAUAGAGCAGGGGAUCGCGACGACGCUGGUUGCGGCGUUGGAUCCGAGAAUCGUGCCUCAGAGUGGUAUGUACAUGGCGGACGCCAAGUGUGAGCCCACGUAUGAAUAUGCCGAGAGUCUCGAGAAUGCUGAGAAAUUGUGGAAAUUGAGUGAGGAGCUCGUUGGGGAGAAGUUUGAUAUUUGA